AUGUCUUUAAAAUCAUCCUCUUUAAAAUACGUUGUAUUUCAAGGAUCUAAAAAUUUUCGUUUAAGAAUAGUGAUGGCUACUUUGGCAGGUAAACCAAUCAAAAUUGAGAAAAUACGUUCAGAAGAUUUUAAUCCAGGUUUAAAAGACUAUGAAGUGUCUUUUCUAAGACUAAUCGAAGCGGUCACUAACGGUUCACUAAUUGAAAUCUCCUACACUGGUACAACGAUCAUUUAUAAACCAGGUAUUAUCACCGGUGGGACAUACACACAUAAUUGUCCAAAUUCUAAAGCAGUUGGUUAUUUCGUUGAGCCGAUGUUAUAUCUAGCGCCAUUCUCCAAGAAAAAAUUUUCUAUUUUAUUUAAAGGAAUUACCUCUUCUCAUGUAGAUCCUGGUUUGGAUGCUCUUAAAUGGGGGUUGUUGCCCAUUCUAGAAAAAUUUGGCGUUAGAGAAUGCGCCUUGCACACUUUGAAAAGAGGCUCUCCUCCGUUGGGUGGUGGUGAGGUCCAUUUAGUAGUGGAUUCGUUGAUUGCCCAACCAGUAACAAUGCAUGCUAUUGAUAAACCAAUGAUUAAUACCAUUAGGGGCGUUGCAUAUUCAACAAGGGUUAGUCCUUCGAUGGUAAAUAGAAUGAUUGAAGCAAGUAGGAAGGUUUUAAAAAAUGUUGGUUGUGAGGUUAAUAUUACUGCUGAUGUAUGGAGAGGUGAAAACUCAGGGAAAUCGCCUGGCUGGGGUAUAACAUUGGUUGCAGAGAAUAAAAGCGGCUGGAGGUAUUUUUCUGAAUGUGUAAGUGGUCCCGGUGAUGUUCCUGAAGACAUUGGCAUGAAAGCUGCUUAUCAUUUAUUAGAAGAAAUAUCAUGUAGUAGUGUUGUUGGUCGGAAUCAAUUGGCCCUGGCUAUUGUAUAUAUGGUUAUUGGUAAAGAAGAUUUAGGUAGAUUACGAAUUUCUAAGAAAGAAAUAGAUGCGAAGUUUAUAACGUUGUUAAGGGACAUCAAAAAUUUGUUCGGUACCCAAGUUUUUCUUCAAGACUGUGAUGAUGACGAAGAUGAUAUGUUAUUAACUAUAAAAGGUAUAGGUUUUACCAAUACUAAUAAGAAAAUAGCAUAA